UUUUGUUGCUUCUUCUCUCCAAUUUUCCCACAAACUUUUUUUAAACAAAAAAAGAAAAAGAGAGAACACAAGCCUCCUUUCUCUUUUAUUUUUUUAGUCCUUUCUCUCUCUUUCUGCGGCUCUGCCUCAGCCGCUGCUAACGUUGUUUGCUGACAACACUACGCAAAUUUCAGAAAGACUAAAAAAGAGAGCCACCACCUCCUACAAAAUUCUUGAUUUUCUCUCACUCUUGGCCAAGAGUUUUUUUCUCGUUUCUCAUUCCACCUUUAGCUCACACCCAGUUAAAUGGGUAUUUGGAGCAACCUACUUGUGCUCCUUCUUAUUUUCCCUUUUUGUACACCAGAUCCAAACGAUGAGAUGUGCUUGACCCAUCUCAGUCAAUCUUUACAAGACCCUUUGAAGAAUCUUCAAAACUGGACUAAAUCUUCCUUCGCUAAACCUUGUGAUGGGUUCACUUCAUAUCUACAAGGGGCAACUUGUAACAAUGGCCGCAUCUACAAAUUGUCCCUUUCGAAUCUCUCGCUUAAAGGUACCAUUUCUCCUUAUCUCUCUAAUUGCACCAAUCUCCAAGCUCUUGACCUCUCUUCCAACGCAAUCUCCGGCCCAAUACCUCUGGAACUCCAGUUCCUAGUCAAUCUGGCUGUUCUCAACCUCUCAGCUAAUCAACUUUCAGGCCCAAUUCCUGAACAGCUCGCCAUUUGCGCUUACCUCAACGUCAUCGAUCUUCAUGAUAAUCAGCUUAAUGGGCUUAUCCCGCAACAACUGGGCCUCCUUGUACGGCUAUCAGUUUUCGACGUAUCGAACAAUAGAUUAUCGGGUCCGAUACCAGCGUCACUGGGUAACCGGAGCGGAAAUUUGCCCCGAUUCAAUGCCAGUUCGUUUGAUGGGAAUAAGGAUCUUUACGGGUACCCAUUGCCACCCAAAAAGAGUAAUGGGUUAUCGGUUUUGGCAAUUGUAGGGAUCGGAUUAGGAAGUGGGUUCUUGAGUUUGGUGCUAAGUUUUACUGCUGUUUGCAUAUGGUUGAGAGUUACUGAGCAAAAAUUGGAUGCUGAAGAAGGAAAAAUCAGUCAUCUUAUGCCUGAUUAUUGAACACAAAAUCAUACUUUUCAGAUUACAGGUAUGUUAAUUUUUUAUGAGGCAGGUUUGUUUUUUUUUUGUUUGGGUUUAAAUUUUCCUUUUCUAUUGAGGAAUUAAUUUUACCCUUUUCCUAGUUUUGGGUUUUUUUUAUUUUUUAGGUCAUUAUUUUUCUUUUUGAUUAUUUGUUUAGCUUCGUUUUCUAACAUUUGACCCCAAUAUGUAAAGAAUUGAAGAAAAUU